AUGAACAGUGAAUAAAUUGUUACCUUAUAUAAAAAUAAAGUAGAAGAAUGUGUUGAAGGUGUUUAAUAAUAUUUAGAUGUAAGUUAUUGAAUAAUUAGUGCUCAUUCAAUAAAAUUAAUGCUUAUUUAGAUUAAUUACUUCUUGAUCCUUAUCCAUCUAUUCCAAUCAAGAAUCUAAAUUUGGUUGUACCAGUUGUAUAAAUAUAAAUACCUUCUACAAAAACAUUAAUUAAUUAAUUAAUUGAAGAAGUGAAACCUAUAAUCAAUUCAACUAUUUAUAAAAAAUUAAAUAAAAAUUAGAAAACAUACAUAAAAUUUAAUAAUAGAAUCAAAUUUUAUAAGAUAAUCAUCAUUAAUCAAAUCUUAAAUCAUUCAAUUAUAAUUUAAUAUAGAAUCAUUCAAUUAAAUAAAUUGAAUAGUGUAAAGCAAUUGCUAUUAAUAAAGAAAAUUCAAUAGUAUUAGCUGAAUGUAAUAGUGAGAUAAAAGUAUUUGAAUUUAAAUAAGAAUAGUUGAAACAAAUUUAACUUAUAAGUGAACAUUAAUUGGAUGUUACAAGUUUAAAUUUUAUGAAGAAACUAAAUCAAUUUAUAUCUGGGAGUAAUGAUAAUUAGAUUAUUAUAUGGUGUAUGGAUUAAUGUUAUUAAUGGAUCAGCUCAUAAAAAUUGAAUGAACAUAAAGAUGAUAUUGAUUUUUUAUUAUUAAACAAUAAUGAAGAUCUUCUACUUUCUGGAAGUAAUGAUAAAACAAUUAAAUUUUGGAUAAAUACAAUGAAUGGAUAUGUCAUAAACUAUUACAGAUCAUUAAUAAUAGAACAGUCAUCAUAGGAUUAAAAAUGGAAUGUAAUAUAAAAGAUAAAAGUCUUAGAGUAUGCUUUAUCAAUGAUAAUGUGUUCACUUUCCAACCUUUAUGUAGAGAAUAAAUGUAUGUUUAUGAGAUCAAUAAUACUAAUAAAUAGUACUCAAAGACAAAAGAAAUUGCUGUUAAAUGUGAUUAUUUUGUAUGUUAUUACUAUUUCCCUUAAUAAUAUAUCAAGUCGAAAUGCAUGA